AUGACUUUCUCAAAACCAUUCUUCCUUUACCUCCUCUUCCUCUUUCCUCUCCUACACGUUUCACACCCAAAACAAUGCCCUCCUUCCUCAUGUGGCCGCGACGAUGUCCAUGUCCGUUUCCCUUUCUGGUUACUCUCAGAACAGGCUGAGUUCUGUGGCUAUGCGGGAUUCAAUCUCCACUGCACAGUUAGUCCCAGCAGGACAGCUCUCAAGCUUCCUAAUUCCGGAACAUUUCUUGUCCGGAAGAUCGACUAUUUAAGUCAGCAUAUACGUCUCUAUGACCCUGAAAAUUGUUUGGCAAGAAAGCUUUUGACCUUUGACAUUUCAGGAUCUCAAUUCUCUGUUCUCUACCUUGUCAGCUACACGUUCUUGAGCUGCCCUAAUGAGGUUGCAAAGUCAUCAGGGUUUCACUCCAUCCCAUGUCUAGGCAAUUCAACGACCUCUUUCUUGGCUACAACUAGUUUGGAUCUCGCGAAAUCUAUGCUGCCUUCUUGUCAGAUCGCAAAGACAGUAGCUAUUCCGGUUUCUCGGCCGAUUGUUGCUCAGAAACCAAGAUUCUCGACUGAUGUCAACGAUCAAGACCUUUGGCUAAAAUGGGAUUCUCCAAGUUGUAACGUUUGUGAGAUGAAGUAUUUGAGAUGUGGUUUCAUAAGCAAUGCUUCUCUUGAAGUCAAAUGCUUCUCUUUUGAAAAAUCCGGUCCUUUAGGCAAUGUUUAUGUAAGCGUGUCCAUAAGCGUAGCAAUCACCCUCUUUGCUAUUUUUAUUGCUAUCCGGAUAUACAAAUCCCAUAGGUUCGGUUUCCGAGGACAAGGGCAUUCAGCUAUUACAGGCGCAACCGUAACGCAUCAACCAAGAGAGGUUAUUAUGGCCACGAGGGGUCUUGACCAAUCGACAAUAGAAACAUACACGAAAAUAGAGUUGGGAGAAAGUAGAAGGCUUCCGGGAAAUAAUGGAAUUGUAUGUCCGAUUUGUUUAUCAGAGUAUGCGAGCAGAGAGAGCAUACGGUCCAUACCGGAAUGUGAGCAUUGCUUCCACGUGGAAUGUAUUGAUGCGUGGCUCAAGAUUCAUGGUUCAUGCCCUCUUUGUAGGAAUUCAUGUGCGUCAAGGAGAUGCUAA